AUGGAAUUUUUACUUAUUGAAAAUAAAUCAGAAAACGCUAAUGUGUUGAGUAAUUUUUCAUUGAUACAAUCGAACUCAACUCAUCAUGAAUAUGAUGACACUAUAGAACCUCCAAGUUAUAUUGUUUUUACAGCUACAAUUCUGUACUGUAUGAUAUUUUUGGUUGGCGUUGUCGGUAAUAUUCUUGUGAUAACUGUAAUUAUUUCAAGUCGUAAAAUGAAAACAACAGUUAAUAAAUAUUUGCUGAAUUUGUGUAUUGCUGACGUGAUGGUCAUACUUAUAUGUAUGCCAACAGCUCUUGCGGAUAUUUUUACAAAAGAAGUUUGGUACUUUGGAGAAUUUAUGUUAAACAGUGCCAUUUCUGGAGAAUACUAUCCCAAUGCCUCAGUGUUAAUAUUUUGCAAUCAGUUUAGAAAAAUACCGGGUUGUCUGCUCCUCUUUAAGGGCGUUGGUGAGAAUUCUGUUAAAGUGUGGAGGAGAAUUUUAAUUGUCUGGGCUAUAUCUAUAGUGUCAAGUGUACCAUGGUUAUUUAUUGCUGUUUUAAGACCGUCAGUAUUUUAUGACGGAACACCAAUACAGGUAUGUCGAAAUCCAAUCGUCAAAAGCUGGCAUAAGAUGUACGUCGUUGGUCUUGCCAUACUCUUCUUUUUACUUCCUUGCUUGAUGAUGCUGAUCCUAAACUGCCAUUUGUGUUGUGUGCUUAAAUCAACUAGAAAGUUUGAUGCUUUCAUCCAUGAAAAUAGACGAGAAAGAAAACAUAAACAACAUCAAAUACUGAAUACAAUAGCAUCUCUUAUAUUGAUUUUUUUCAUCUGUCAUUUACCUUUUCGCGUGGCAGUUUUGUGGACAGCUAGUCUAAGAAACUGUUUUGCUUUCAAGUCUCUGUACAAAAGACCAUCCACUUUAGAAACAUUUCGGAGUACGCGUUCUUUAACCAGCCAACGAAGUAACCGGUUGACAUUGACAAAUAAAAUUGUUCUUGUACAAUUAGACGAGGCAGGUGCACGCAACUAUCCAAAAAGAGUUCGUGUUGAAUACCCUUGUAAUGGAAACACUGCAAACAAAGUGUUGGUAACAAAAUAUCUCAACACAGUAAAUGGAUCUUCAUCAUCAUCUUCUUCAGAUGAUGGAAUUAAAGUGAGAAUUCAUAUAGAGGAUCAAAGUGUCGAUAUAAAAUUUAAACUUCAAAGAGUACCAAAUACAUAA